UUGACGUGCGCGGUGGGUAUUGGACUGCGCAUGCGCGCUACAUAACUUGGCGAAAGAAGAUGUCCAGAGCUUCAGUGGCCUCCAUCGGUCAGCGUCGCCACAUCGCUCUCCAGCAGCUGGAAGCCAUUGCAACCACAACUCAUUCAUUUCUGGGUCCACAUAAACGUCAGAAGUUCAUUCAGGAUGAGGAUGGAGGUAACGUGGCGUUGGUCAGCUCCUCUGCACGUCUGCUGGAGAACGUAGAGAUGGACAGUUCUGUCGCCCAGCUGCUCAAUGAGACCGUACAGGCUCAUCAAAAGAUCCUCCGGUCUGGGACAAACACGCUGGUGUUUCUGACCGGGAUCUGGAGUAGAGUCGCACUGGAUUGUCUGCAUAGAGGAUUCAGUGUGUCACACAUAAAAAAUGCCACGACUAAAGGACUAGAGGUGUGUUUGGAGGCGUGCAGAUCCUCAGCUGUAUGUUUGGAAGAAGUGUCCAGCAAGAAAGACUCGGAGGAAAAGAUCCCUCAAAAUAUCAGGUUGACACUGAAGCACAGCAGACACUUCACUUCAAAUGAUCAUCAAACUGUGAAAAGCGCUGAUGUGUCUCAUGUAGCACACGGCAUCAGCCACGGAUGUCAGGACUCCAUGAAUUUAGUUUUGGAAGCUUACAAGCUGCAGUCUGGAUGUAACACGAGCGCGCUAGAUAUCCAAAAGCUGGUCACGUGUCCAGUGUCCGGGCCUUCUGAGAAACACUCGCGUGUGCUCCACGGAUACGUCGUGCUUGUGUCGGAAGAACAGUCUUUGGUGGUACAACACCUUCAGGAGCAGACGUUAAAAAUGGCUCUGGUGACCGGAGACUUGAGCGAGAAAUAUCGCCACGUGGGCUAUAACAUGCCCGCACACAUCACACACGUCACAGAUUGUCCUGACGUGACGUGUGUGAGCCGUGAAGAGCACUGGACCGAGACGGCAUUCAAAACACUGCGGAAUCUGAGUGUAGAUGUUCUGCUUGUGAGUGGUGUGGUGUCUGUAAAGCUGAAAGAUCGUUGCAUUCCCUACAACAUUCUGGUCGUUGAAGGUGUGAGGACUGACAUUUUGAAGGACUUCAGCACAUCCACGGGUGCCAUGCUCAUGUCUUACAUCACACAGCUCACAGAACGAUGCGUGGGCCGAGGGGUGAAGAUCCGUCGAUGGAGGGAGUUCAGCAGAAACGGCGGGAGAAAUGAAUCAACCGCCAUCAGCAUUACAGCUGCAGGCACGUCUCUGGUCACCGCGGUCAUUACCAGCUCCAUACGUGCCGAGUUACAAAGCCUGGAGGAUCGGUUUUGGAGCUGCGCUCACCGUCUGCACCAGGCGUUUACAGACGGGAAGCUUCUGCGGGGAGCGGCGGCCACAGAGCUUGUCUGCAUCCAGCAGCUUUAUAAAUCCACACGGAGUGGGAUGGAAAACCCGUAUGAGAAGGUUGUGAUGCAGAUGAUGGCCGAUGGCUGGAUGGACUAUAUAUCCACGCUGAUGCUGAACUGUGGGAAGGUCUCAUGUAAAGCAGAGGCUCGGACAUCCGUCACACGCCUACUGAGACACUGUGAGGACGGAGGACCCGUGUGUGUUAAAGCAUUAUGGGCCCCGACGGAGGCGGAGACAGAUUCUGUGACUUCUGUGUAUGAUAAUGUGACUGUGAAGUUUGAAGCUUGGAGGAGAGCAUUAGAUCUGGUGCUUCUUGUUCUUCAGUCUGACACUGAGAUCAUUACAGGUGUCAGUGAAGGAGAAAAUGUUUAUAAGGAGUUUGUGUUUCUUUAAGACUGACGGACUUAAGUCAGGAUACAUGGCAUGUUUGAUUUGAUCUGCAGAAUGUGCACUUUGUUAUGUACAACCUAUUGCAGCAUCUGUAUUGGUGUUAAAAUGUCAUAUUUUCUAAAUAGCGGCUGUUGAACAGUGUAGUAGAAAUAUGUGAUUUCAGAUAAUCAUUAUUUUCUAUAAAAAAGGAUACAA